AUGUCUCACCACGCCGCCAACCCGGGCAGCAGCAAUGAAAGCUCCGGGAGUGCCGACUCGAACAAGACGCUGCGUCGUUCGCUGGGCUCGCAGCCCCUCCAGUAUCGGCCCUUUAGUGCCCGCCAGAUGUGGUUGUACGAUUUCAUCAUGUGGAUGUUUCUGGUGAUCUUCGACUGCUUUUUUCGAGAGAUCCGCCCGCGUGGUGCGUUCCGGCUCCCCAAAAAGGGCGCGGUGAUCUUUGUGGCGGCGCCGCACGCCAACCAAUUCGUAGAUCCGAUGAUUCUCAUGAACCAGGUCAAACGAGAGGCUGGCCGCAGAGUCUCGUUUUUAAUCGCCCAGAAGUCGUAUAAGCACUCUGUAAUUGGGCCGUUGUCGCGCGCGCAGCUCUCGAUCCCGGUGCAAAGAGCCCAGGAUAUGCUCCAAGCUGGAACUGGUAAAAUCUACUUGGACUUCGAGAAGAACCCAUUGUUGGUCACCGGCGAGGGAACCAAGUUCACCCACGAGUGCAUGCACCGUGGCUUGCUUGCCUUGCCGAAAUCGCUCGGUGCAGUGGAGAUUGAUGAGAUCAUUUCCGACACUAAGCUCACGCUUCGUAAAGAGUUCACUCGCUCAGACACCAUCGUUAAGCUCUUGAGUAAGGGCACGCCAUUCAAGGUCGCCGAUAAAAUCGACCAGAAACAGGUUUAUCAGUACGUGUUUGACCAUUUGAGCGCUGGCAACUGUGUAGGUAUAUUCCCCGAGGGCGGCUCCCACGACAGAACGGACUUGCUUCCGUUGAAGGCGGGUGUUGCGAUCAUGGCGCUUGGUGCCAUGACAAACGACCCCGAUUGUAAUGUCAAGAUCGUUCCGUGCGGUAUGAACUACUUCAAUGCCCAUAAAUUCCGCUCCAGAGCCGUGGUGGAGUUUGGCCAUCCUAUUGAGUUCCUGCGUGACUUGGUCGACAAGUACAACGACCCUGCAACCCACAAACAGAGUAUUUCCGAGUGUCUCGAAAUCAUCACCAAUGGUUUGCGUGCUGUGACUGUCAAUUGUCAGGACUAUGAGACGUUGAUGGUGGUCCAGGCUGCCAGAAGACUCUAUGCUGGUAACUUUGCUCAGUAUUUACCCUUGCCGAUGGUGGUUGAAAUGAACCGUCGUUUGGUGCUUGGCUAUGAAACUUUCAAGGAUCAACCCGACUUGAAGAGAUUGAAGAGCAAGAUCUUGCAUUACAAUGAGCUUUUAAAGAUCAACCAUCUCCCCGAUCACCACGUUGAGGAUUGUGAUGUAAGUCAUAAGCUUAACUUGAUUCCCAUUCUCGUUUUCCGCAUCAUGAAAUUGAUAUUUUUUGUAAUUCUUGCCCUUCCUGGUGCGAUCUUGUUUUCGCCUGUCUUUGCCAUUUCAAAACAUGUCUCCAAGAAGAAAGCCGAAACUGCUUUGGCUAAUUCCACCGUGAAGGUCAAAGCUAAUGAUGUUGUUGCAACUUGGAAGAUUCUCAUCAGUAUGGGUGCUGCUCCCGUCUUGUACAGUUUCUAUGCUUCUAUUGGUACGUGGUACUGUAAGAGAAAGAGUUACCUCUCUUCUUACGGCUUGAUCAGUAUCUGGUUUAUUCUUUACAUGCUUGGUGUUCUUGUUACUUACUCUGCAUUGAUUACUGGUGAGCAAGGCUUGGAUUUGUUGAAGUCGAUUCGCCCUGUCUACCUUUCGAUUUUCUCUGGUGCCUCCAUUACCAAGCUCAAAGAGUUGAGAAGAGAAUUGAGUGAGGAGAUUACAGAUUUCGUGAAUAGAUACGGCCUCGAACUCUUCCCUGAUGACUUCAACUUGUUGGAGAUUAAGGAUUAUAAGGAGCCAGUCCAGAAGGAGAUGGAUUCCGAUGAGGAAGAGGAGUUCAAGACACAACAAAUGCGCAACAGACGUACUGCCGUUAAGAAAGAGCGCGCAGCACGGAAAGCCGCUCUUCAAUCUGUCGCUGAGUCGGCUAAAGCUUCGGACAGUGACUCCUCCUCCAUUGUGGAGAGUGUGCCUCUCAGAAACACCCAGUCCUAUACCAACAUUCCAAUGUUCUCAGAUUACGACUUGCAUAUGAACGAAAAGAACAGUCAGGUCGACUUGAAGUCUGUUGGCUCUUCAGCACUACCCUCCGCCCUACAAUCCGCUUUGCCCUCUAGCUCUUCCAUCAUCGAUGACUUUGAUCACCAGAAGUCUCUGUCUGGACACGAGCUGUCACAGGAGAGCUCAGACUUCGAGUUGAACUUUGGCGCACUCAAAGAUGAAAAAAACAUUAGCAGCAAAAUCCAGUCCAAGAUUCGCCAAUCUCGUGGUUCUCAAUAA